CGCAGUCAUUGGUCCAUAUUGCUGUCACUCUUGCGAGCAUAUUGAGAUGAGAGCAGGCGGGGCCACCACGCAGACUGAGGCGAAGCGCGCGCGGGGGGGGGAUGCUUCGGCACAAGCGAGGAUUCGGGACAUCAUCGUAGAAAAAGCAGACAUUUGGCUCGGGUUAUAUUUUCGCUCGGAGUGGAACCUCUGCUGGAACGAUCGAUCUGAUCCGCAGCCACUUGCGCGUCCGGGUGUCGAGAUGGUGAGGCGACGAGGCGCUCCGCGGUGGUGGGGGAGAGGAGGGCCGACCGCCAGCUGAUGUUAUUAUGCGGGGAACGAAACCCGCCGGACGGAUUAAAGAGGAACAAAUCACCGCUUCAAGCGACGUUUUGCAGACUGGCAGCCAACGAUGGUGGACCCCUCGGAGGCUGAGGAGCAGAAUUCCAAGUCCAUUGCCCCGCAACUGGGCACCUCAAGCGUUGUUCCCGGAGAACAGCGCUUGCCGGACCAGGCGGAUGGCGCCAUCACAGAGGAGGAAAGCAACGUCUGCGAUUUCCAGACGCCACCUACCAACGGCUCACAGCCAAGCCCCUGCCACAUCUCGUCUCAGGGGGCGGAGUCACCGCCGCCUCCACCGGAGUCACCGCCGCCUCCACCGGAGUCACCGCCGCCUCCGCCGGAGUCACCGCCUCCGCCGCCUCCGGAACCCGAAGGCGACCCAUCACCCAAGCUCCACCUUGAUUUGUACAACUUCGACUGUCCGGCGGCCGAGGGCAGCCGUUACGUGUUGACGAGCCCGCGCUCGUUGGAGGCGUGCGCCCGCUGCGGCGUCAAACCCGUGGAACUGCUGUCCCGCCCGCUCUCCGACUUUGCCCGCGAGGCACCGGGUCGCUCCAUGAGGGUGGCGACGGGUCUUUUCGAGGUCUACGAGCGGGACCGUCACGCCAAGCUGCGCCAUUGCAGGGAAGAGCGGGAGCGGAUCGUCAGGGAGGAGAAGCGACGGGCGAUGCAGGCGGCGGUCAACAGUUGCACGUCGCCGUUGGAGCAACACCAGGUUCCCACUAAGCCUCCGACACAAGAGACCCCCAGCUCGGUUUCAGCUUCCAAACCGGCCCGCUCACUCCAAUCCAAAGCAACCAAAGUCGGUUCCACGGGUCCCAAGCAGUCCUCGGGUAAAAUCCUACGACCGGAGUCAAGUGGUCCUCAAAAGGUACUCCGCAAGUCUUCCAGGAGCAAACCUUCCAGCACGUACCCCAGACCGACACCGAAAGCUCCCGUCUUCGUCAGAGCCAAAUCCACAUUGACGCCAUCGGUGUCAAAAGUGAACGGCGCCGCGGGAGGUGGUUCGUUUUCGCACCACAAUGGACACUCGCAUCCCAAAGCGCUCUCGUCGAAAAGCCACUCCUUGGAGUCCCUGCAGAGGAAGACCGAGGCCGUUUGCUCCUCCGCCUCCAAUACCACCACCUGCACCUCCUCAGAAUCCGGAACCUCGUCACACAGCUGGGACGGGCGGCGGGACCACUGGGCCAAAGCGUCCAGCCCUCGGACUCGGACGCUGGCCGCGUUCAACUCGCUGAUGGGCCGCAGCCUCAGCCUGGGGGACCUGAGCCACUCGCCGCAAACCACGCAGAAGGUGGAGCGUAUCGUGAAGGAGGUGAGGCGGCGUGGCCUGAACGCCGUGUCGGAGCGCGACCGCAAGAUCGCGGCGCUGAUGCUGGCCCGGUACCAGGAGGAGGACAUCAUGAGCCAGACCCGCUACGUGGCCCAACUGCAGUGGGACACCCAGCGGCGGAUGGAGGAGCUCCGGCGGGAGCGGGACGAACGCGACAAGCAACGGGCGGUGCAGGAGGGCCAGCGCCUGUGGCAGACGCAGGUGUCCACCCGGCAACGGCGGCUCGGCCGCGAGGAGCGCCGGUUGGCCGCCGCCAAGAUGCGGCAAGCCGAGGAGAGCGAGAAGCAGUGGCGCGAGCUCGCCGAGCGGCAGGAGCGCAAGCGCCUGCGCAAGUUGCAGCAAGCGGCGCGCGAAGAGAAGCACAAGAAGUCCUUGCAGGAGCAGAACCUCAAGGCCCUGGAGGAGGAACGGGCGGCCGUGCUGGAGCAGGAACGCCUGCUACUAAGGGAGAAGCUCACCAUGGCCGAGCUCAAGCGGCAGGAGAAGGAACAUCAGUCCCAGGAGGAGCGGCGGGGCCUGAACAAGGCUGAGCGCCGGCGCCACGCCGCCCUCAUCCAAGAGAUCGCCCGGCGCGAGCAGGAGGAGUGCGAGGAGGUCAAGCGGGCGGCGCAGGAGAAACUCAACCGCUCUCUGGAGAACUACGAGCACAUCGUGGAGCGACGGGGCCAAGAGCUGCGGGAGAAGGCCAAGCGCGAGGACGACCAGAUCCAGCGAGCCCGCCGGGCCGCCGAAAACCUGGAGCGCCGGCAGCGGAGGCUGCUGGAGGCCCGAGCCCGCGAGGCGGACGAGCGGGCCCGACAGGCGGUGCUGUCGGCCGAGGAGCGAGCCAAGGAGAAGGCCCGGCGCGCCGUGCAGAACCGGCGGGAGAAGGAGCGGCUGCAGCGCCUCAACCGCCAACGCGUGGAGGAGGAGGAGCGGCAGCGGCGGCGCGAGCUGCUGCAGUCCAUCGAGCGCAAGUUGGAGAAGAGCGAGCAGAUCUUCAAGGAGAAGCGCGCCGUGCUGGAGAGCGCUCGCUCCGUGGCGCGCGCCUCCUUCCACGUAAGGGACAAAGUACGCGAGGAGACCAACGGGCGCACCUUUGACAAGAUGGCGCUGGAAGCUCAACUCAAAGCCGGCCUGGAUGACAAAUAAGGACUUGACUCUCCCCCUCCCCCCUCUCCCCCUCGAAAACCUUUUUUGCUUGAGAAACUCCAUCCAUCCCUCUUUUGUGGCUCUUAAAGGAGGCAACCCCCCCCCCCCCCCCCCGCCGCCCGCAGGCAACAGCGGAACAUUAAAGGACAGCCCCCCCCCCCCCCAAAAAAGGGAGCAAUUAUUUUGGAAAAUAAUGCUCCAGGCCAGAUGAUGAAUCACCAGACGCCCCCCCCCCCCCCCCCCGUUCACUCGGAUGUUCUGUGGGAGACGCACAAGCUCAGGGCCACAGGUAACCGCUUCUUCUGGGACUGCUGAGAAGCAACUGCGUACUUUUGAAUCCACGCUGAAUUUCGGCGAUCAAGUCACAGGAACUGAUUUGCAGUUGCAAGGAAAAGUCCAUGAGAUGAUGAACCGAGCCAACCCUGGGGCAAAGAAGAACUCUCAUGAAACUGCACAAAUUUAAAAUGUUUAUACUUUUUGGGGAGGGGAGGUGCGCAAAAGGGUUCAAAAACAACAUUAUUAGCGUCAAGGGUGUUUCUUUUGUGUGUGUGUCCCAAUCCUCCCCAAGCCCCCCCCCCCCCCCCCCUCCAUUCCUGUGUACACAUGUUGAAUUCAGGUGUGGCUUUAACUCAAAACAAAACCAGUCGUGGCAAGAAAACAAUCAAAAGCAGAAUAAAGGUUUGUUUUUGUUUUUUGA